AUGGAUGAUGUCUUGAAAGAACUGGCAGCCCGAUACGCGGCCUUGGAGAUCCACGAUGACACCCCGAUGAAAAUCGACAACCUCGUUGCCAGCCUGGAAGAACACCAGGAGAUGAUCAACACUCUAGGCGAGCUGAAACAAAACCUCGCUGAAAUUCGAGAGGAGUGCAACAGACAUCGCCUGGUCACAGCACCAACCACGAUCAAUGGACUGGAUUACGAUCUUCUUCUUGCCGUCAACAGCUGGGUCCGCAUGGCUAUCGCUCAGAUAUCAUCAUGGCCUGAUACCCUUCAGCAGCAGCCCGGACUGGGAAUCGAGAGCCAGGUUGAGGAGAUCAGAGCUUCGCUUCAGAAGUUUUGGAUUGUGGUUCGCGAUUUGUACCCUCGAGUUCCGGAACAUCUCAUUGAAUGUGCCCCUGCAUAUUGGAUGGACUUUUUGGAGGCUAUCUCGAUCAUACUGCAAAUUCGUCUAUCGCAGAUUUUCAAUGAUGCUUUCUUGCGCUCCGGUAUUACUGAUGAACAGGAGGGAAAUCCUGUGGUGGAAUGA